CCUGUGCCUUUUGUGCUCUUUAUUUCCAACUUUCCAUCAAGGGAGGAUGGCAGCAGCAGUUCAGCAAGCUAAGAGAAUUCAGCUCUUCUGUGUAGCCAUUUAACAGCUAUGAGACCCCUCAGCCGGACUCUUCUGGACUGUGUACUGAUAUGGAUGAAGACUAUUGUAUUAAUCAGUGGUACAGAAAACAUUGGGGAAUAUAUUGGAUCAAACAUUCAGAUAGCUUGGAUGCCUAAUCUGGAUGACUUAAUGAAAGGAUAUGCAAGGAAUUUUCGACCUGGAAUUGGAGGACCACCUGUGAAUGUUGCAGUGGACAUUGAAGUAACUAAUAUUGACCAUAUCUCGGAAGUCAACAUGGAAUACACAAUAACAGUCUACUUGCGUCAGAGUUGGAAGGAUGAAAGACUUUCUUAUAACCACACCAACAAAACUCUUGGCUUGGAUAGUCGAUUUGUAGAGAUACUUUGGCUUCCAGAUACCUUUAUUGUGAAUGCCAAAUAUGCCUGGUUUCAUGAUGUAACUGCGGAAAACAAGCUAAUCCGCCUGCAGCCAGAUGGGGUCAUCUUAUAUAGCAGCAGAAUCACUUCAAUAAUCUCCUGUGACAUGGACCUUACAAAGUAUCCAAUGGAUGAACAGGAAUGCAUGCUGGAGCUUGAGAGCUAUGGAUAUUCAUCAGAAGACAUUCUGUACAGCUGGUCAGAAACCCAGGAUCAGAUCCAUGGGCUGGAUAAGCUUGAGUUGCCACAGUUCACCAUUACAAAUUACAGAUUUACAGAAGAGGUGAUGAACUUCAAAUCAGCUGGUCAUUUUCCCAGGCUAUGUCUUCAUUUGGAGUUGAAAAGGAAUCGGGGAGUUUACAUAAUACAAUCAUAUGUACCAUCAAUCCUUCUGGUGGCAAUGUCAUGGGUGUCAUUCUGGAUCAGCCAGUCAGCUGUCCCUGCAAGGGUAUCACUGGGUAUUACCACAGUACUCACAAUGACCACUUUAAUGGUCAGUGCUCGAUCGUCAUUGCCUCGAGCGUCUGCUAUAAAAGCCUUGGAUGUCUACUUUCUCAUCUGCUACGUGUUUGUGUUUGCAGCCUUGGUGGAAUAUGCUUUUGCACACUUCAAUGCAGAUUAUAUGAAGAAUCAAGGGGUGAAAUCCAAAAUCAGGAAGCGGGUCAGACAGGUAAAUGUAAAAGAAGGAAAACAUUCUAUUGUGAUGUUUCCCCUUUCAGUAUUGGGAAUAAAUCUGGGGACAUCUGUUAAAGAAAGAGACAAGCGUGAAUCCUACAAUAGAGACCAAUCAGAAAACACAGAUACGCGACAAAAGAUCCCUCUGGAAUCUGCACAUGAGAAGAAAGUUAAUCUAAAGUCGUUCUUGAAGCCAAUAGAUGCUGAUACUAUUGAUGUUUAUUCUAGGGUGGUUUUCCCUGUCGCAUUUUUAGCUGUAAACCUAAUCUACUGGGUAGCGUACACAAAAUAAAUUAAAAAAGAAAAGCAUUAAAUUAUGUCUGAGAGAUCAAAAGGAAUUCUAAGCCUUUCUAGGAAAUUAUCAAAUAAACACUGCAAAUUUGAAUUUGAAAUGCUAAGAAUAAUUAUAGUAUAAUAUAAUAUUGACAACAAUGCACAAAGUGUAAAUGCAGCAGAACUGUCGUGUCAUGCAGUGCUAUAUUGCACUGGGCUUGUCUCUCCUUCAAAUACAGAAAUGCAGGGAACGUCCCUUGGAGAAGUAUAUCAAAAAUGUCACUAGGGAUCUCACAGUGCUGGAGGAUUAUUCUCAAACACUGGUUUUCAAACCUGUCCUCAAGCUUCCCCAACAGGCCAGGUUUUCAGGAUUUACCUACGAUGAGAGCAGGUAAAAUAACCAUGGUUACUAAUCAGCUGAUUAUUUCACCUGUGCUCCAGUUCAAAUAUCCUCAAAAUGUGGCAUGAGGACAGGUUUGAAAAACAGUGUUCUAGAAUAUCUCACCUGAGUAGAGAGGUUUGGAAUAUCAGGGCCACAGGCUGAUAGUCACAACUCUCACAGAAAAAGUUGGUGUAUUCAGCACUGAAAUAUGCAUUUUCCAACAACAACAAAAAACACUUUUAAUAAAUUUAGAUGGAACGGAUAAAAUAUUUUUUAGUACAAUGUCCAUUUAAUAAUAAGUAGCCUUGCAAUUCUUGCAUGAUAAAAUUGAAUUCCAAUUUCAGUGUAUUUAUGAAUGCAUUGGUGCAUUUCCAUGACAAUGCUAUGUAAAACUAAACAGCUAAUGGGAAUUCUUGGAACAGAAAUAAUAUUAACCCCUUAAUGACCACAAUGUUCCCUGUAUGUCACUGGUCGUUAAGGUUUUUUUCAGGACAUAAUAGCACAAGUCUAGCAAGAACACGCUAUUAAUGCCCUCCCUCCAGCAGGCUUUGUGGAAUAGAGCAGUCUCAAUGCUGGUGGCAAGACCGCGCUAUAAAACAAUCAAGUCCCAAAAAAAGGCCAGCGACAUACAGGGUACGUCGCUGGUCCUUAAGGGGUUAAUAUUUUCUGUAUCAAAUAGAAGGAACAAAUUCUAGUUUAUAUAGUAAUUUGUGCAUAUUGCAUGACUUAAACAGGUGAUUUGGAGUUUUUUCUUUUCUUUAACUGAACUGUAAAAUAUAAGUAAUUAAAAUGACAUGAAGUUGAAAAUUAACUCUUCUAUCAAAAGCUUUUUUUAUAUAUUAAAGGGGCAUUGAAAACUUU